AGACACUGAGAGGUCCGGGAGGGGCGUUCUUCCUUCCUUCCCUCCCUGUCUCCGUCCGUCUUGUCUGUCGGUCCGCGUCAAUGGCGGACGGGUAAGCCGCCGUUUCCGUGGAGAGGCGGGCGGCCGCUGCGAUGGAGCUCUAAACCCCGAGGAAAGGGCUCGCACCUCGGCUUGCGUUUAUUCAUUUAAUUUAUUUUUUUAAAUUUAUUUUUGCACUUCACCGCCCCGACCGGACGUCCGCUUCUUAACAUGGAUCCCGAGAAGACGUUGACGUUCUGUCUAGGGGUCAGGCUUGACAUGAUGACAAUGACCCUGAAAUAUGCGGAUGGAACCACCGAGGCUUCUACGGUGGCUGUUACCCAGAAGGAAUUGGAUCAACUCACGGUUCAGAAGGUGGCGAAGCAACAUGAGGGUUCUGGUAGCCAACCUGUAGUCAGUCCCAAGUACUGUCCUGGUGUAAAAAACAAUCCAGGUUACCUCUGUGAGACAGGACACUGCUGCGGAGAGACGGGCUGCUGUACCUACUAUUACGAACUCUGGUGGUUCUGGCUUCUCUGGACCGUGCUGAUCCUCUUCAGCUGUUUCUGCGCUUACCGCCAUCGCCGUGCCAAGUUGAGGAUCCAGCAGCAGCAGAGACAGAGGGAAAUCAAUCUUAUUGCCUAUAACGGAGCCUGCAACUUCCCAUCCUCCAUGCUGGAUCUCAGUUUUCUGGCCACCUUCAAAUUACCUUCAUAUGAUGAAGUAGCAGCGCGGCCCACCACGCCGCCUCCACCUUACAGCUCCGUCUUCGCCCUGCAGGGAGGGGCCAUGCUAGGCCCGAGCUCCUCCUACGCCCAUCACCACCUCCACAGUCACCCCUGCCCCCCCUACCUGGGACCGGGCUCCAGCGGCCUCGCCUCGUCCCAGAGCUCCGACAACUACACCAGCUGCUCUUGCGAGUCCUGCUCCCUGACCUCGCCGUGCAGCACCUCCUUCUCCGUCCAGGUGACGGACGAGACGUACGACAGCAGCCGCCUGUCCACACCCAGCGAGGCGGGGGGCGACGGCGCCCUCUUGCCCAGGGCGGGGGGCAACCGCUUAUCAACAUCUUCGUCCUCGACACCCUCGUCGCAGGUUCCGCUGGAUGUUGUACCUGCUCUUAGUCCAGAUGUCGUUCCCAGUCAUUCCUAUCAUGGCAAUGAGGGGAUCUCACGUCCGGCUGCCCCGGUGUCACUCCCCAUGCAACCCUACAAUAGCUCUCGUCCCUCACACCUCCCUCGCCUCCCGCUUUCACCCCUCAACCUGCUCUCUUCCCUUCCUUCCAAUCACGUCCAUCAUUUCGUCUACUCAGACCCCAUGUGUGCCACGCCUAAAGAAAGAGAGGAAGAUGCGUCUCGGCGGGCUGUCCUCACCACAAGCCUCUCCACCGUGAUGCGCCUCGAAGACGAGGACGAGGAGGAUGACGAGGAGGAUCACUUCCGCCACCGGCGCCUGACAGGAGAUUCCGGCAUCGAGGUGUGUCGCUGCCAAGUGAAGCGAGAAGACAGAGAGGACGAAGCGGUCUUCAAGGAGCGGGAGAAGCAAGACAGAGUGAACUGCUCCGUCCGAGCCAGCGAAGGCGUCCUCUCACCCCUGCUGGACGACUGCGUCCAGCAGCACGGCGACGCCGUUGUCAUCGUGGAGGCCUCGGUCGUCUAACCAGCAGCUGAAGAAGAAGAAAAGUCAGAUGUUUAUGGUGAAUGUCAGCCAUAUAGAGCAAGAUAAGUAGGUGAAAAGUUGUCACUGAAGUUAGUCUUGGAGGCGACUGGGAGGACAGGAUGAGUUACCUCCUCCUGUUUUCACCUCAAAGAGAGAGAAGGUGUUACUUGAGUGAGCCUUGAUAAUUGUUACCUCCGCCAAGUAUAAAAAGCACAAAAGUGAAAAUUUGGUGGUUUGAUAGUUAGCAGGAUUACACAAGAAAACGCGGAACCACUUCCCAGAAAACGUAGUGUGACAUCCACUAAUGAAGAACCCAUUACAUUUUGCGGGGAAGCUGGAAUAUUCCAUGUACAUAAAUUAAUUUUUCCCUUGACCUUUUGAGUCACCCCUGGUCAAAUUUAACUGUUAGUCUCCUCCAACCAUUCACUUUGUCAUGCUUUGUAGCACAAAAUGAAUUUGCGUUAGCCGUAGCUUAGCGCUAGCUAUGUGACGUCACAAACUUUUUGUGGAGGGUUAGCUCAUGGGCCAAUGAAAACCUGGUAAAUCUGUUUGCAUAUCAGAAUAAAAGAAGACAAAUACA